AUUUUCAUAUCAAAUCAAGUGAAUGGAUCACUUUGGAGUGUUUCUCUAAGUCUAAUACAUGUAUGGGAGACAACUCUGAUUUGUUUUUGAUAGUCCAGAUUGUUCAGUAAUGCACGGAAACUUCGACACUGAAAUACACUUACUUCAAAACUUCAAGAAAAGAAAUGAGAGUUUGUAGAUAAGAAGAAAAUAUAAGAGUAUAAUUUAAGAAGGACCAAUGAUAGUUAGGUGAUCAAAAAAACCAAAAUGGUUAAUACACCAAUACCACACAGUCUAAAAUCAGAGGCAAAGAAAGCUGCUAAAAUUCUAAGAGAAUUUACCAUUCCAAAUGCCAAAGUUGGACCUGAUAAACUCAUUCCAGCUGGAAUGUUUGUCAAGGCAAAAGGCUUAGCUAUACUGACAGUUGUAAAAAUGGGAUUUUUAGUGACAGCUCGAGGGGGAAGUGGAAUUGUUAUAGCUAAGAAGAACGAUGAUGACAUAGAUUACAGUACAGGUUGGUCAGCUCCAUCUGCUAUAGCUAUUGCUGGACUUGGAGGAGGAUUUGAAAUUGGAGCUGAAGUCACCGAUUUUGUUAUCAUCUUGACUUCUCGAUCCGCAGUUGAUGCCUUUUCUAAGGGAGGUAAUUUAACAUUAGGUGGUAAUUUCACCAUAGCUGCUGGGCCACUUGGAAGAAAUUUGGAAGCUGAUGUAGCUGUGAGAAGUCCUGCAGCUAUUUACACAUAUUCUAAAACAAAGGGAAUUUUUGCUGGAAUUUCUGUUGAAGGAAGUGCACUUAUUGAAAGAAAAGAUGCCAAUAGAAAAUUUUAUGGAGAAGCUAUCCGAGCUCAUCAGAUAUUAUCUGGUGAUGUUGAACCACCAGAUGAAUGUACAGCUUUAUAUGAUGUAUUAAGAGAACAUCGAGAUUUAGCCUUGAAAUCAGCAGCAAAAUUUGCUCAAAAACAAGCCAUGAAACAUAAAGACACAAUUAAAACUAAAGUUACAGAAGGAAUAUCAGCUAAAUUUGGUAAUUUCCGAUCUAAUGAAAAUACACCAACAAAAUCAGAAUAUUCACCACCUAUACCUCGAUCUCCAUUGACUAGUCAUGGUAGAGAAAGUAGAACUGUUGUCACUAGAAGAACAGUAACUACAGUCAGAUCUACUAAAUCGUAUGCUGGAGCUCAUGUUGGAACUAAGAGUCCUGGUGGUUCACCAUGGGAUAGAAUAACACAGAUGACAAGUGAUGAUGCAUGUAAAGCUGUAGCCGAGUUUGAUUUCCCGGGUCAAAUACCAGCAGAUCUCUCAUUUAAACAAGGAGAUGAAAUUAUAGUUUUAACAAAAACAGAUAAACAGAAUGAUUGGUGGGAAGGGAUGUGUCAUGGUAAUAUUGGUAUAUUUCCUGCUAACUUUGUUAGAAUUGUUACUAAUGAAGAAAACUAAAUACUAUAUUGAAUUACACUAGGAUAUUAUUAAGGCUCUCUCAAAAUAUACAACUCUUCUGAUAAUAACUCAGGUCUGGAAAUAAUCAACUUGUACCGGACAUUUUGAACUUUGUGUCUUAACAUGUACAGUAAACCUUGCAUAAGUUGGAUCUUCGCUCAACUCGGUAAAAAUCGUUUGGACCCUUUGAUCCUGCAGGUUUUUCUUAUUAAAUUUCUGCGCAUAAGUCAGAUUUCCUUAGUUGGAUCUUUGCUCAACUCGGAUCAAAAUGUUCGGUCCAUUUGAUCUAAUUUCGGCUUUUUUCCUUCAUCUAAGUCGGAUCGGCAGUAUGUUCAUAAUUUCACUAUCAGUUUCGUCCCAAUGGUCUAAAAUACGGUUAGGUAUUCCAUGCACAGAGCUCCAAAAUACUUUCCUCUAUCAUUUUGACCUAAAUCAGCCUAUUUGAUGCGGCGCAAUAAUAGAAUUUUCCCGGAAAAUUGAAACUCGCUGUCUGCUGUACAAGACACUUUCCGGGAAAAUGUAGGACAUUUUUCAAAGAUGAUUACAAAACGGAAGUUAUCUACUCGCACCAAAACGGAAGUUAUCUACUCGCACAUACGAACAAAAGCUUGAAAUGUGCCUUUGAAUCAACUAUUAUCCGGCUCUUGCAGUUUAUUUUUAAUCGAGUUAAAAGACAAUAUUGGUGCCAGUCAUUAUCACAUAUGUGAUAGAGCUGGUUAAACACAUUCCAAAUAUAAUUUUAACACAGAGAUCAUUGCUACGAUAGCUCAGUAAUACAGGUUUCCUGAAUCGGAAGUGACGAACGCCAAAGGAAAACACGAGUCAUCUCUCUAUAUAUAACUGACUGAUGUGACGAGUGAUAACGAAUAUUCGGGCGAAUUUCUGCUCACGAAUAAUUCCUUCG